GGGACAGACACAAGAAUAGCCCCCCCAGUGCCUUGUCUGCUCUCAGUUCUGCCUGCAGCUUGCAACUUCCCUGUGACUUAUUUCAGGGCAGGAGGUUCAGUUUUGCCCUGUGAUUGCUCCCUUUACAUGCUCCUCCACUGAGCGUUAUGUUCUGACCCAGGCUCUAAUCCUCUUGCCCUUUCACAGUGCCAGACCCUGCAGCUCGCUAGCAGGUUGGCCGGCCUUUUGCAUCUGAGUCGACCCUGUUGUUUGACAGCUUGAGGUGGGGCCAGCGCUUCCUCUGCAGCCUUGAGCCCUCAGUCAGCCAGGGUGAGUCUGUGGAGGGUCAUUUGUUUCUUCUCUUCUCAUCGUUUUCUGGGCAAGCCUGGAAGAUGCAGGAUGAAGAAGGUUACAUGGUAUUAAACCUCCGACGUCAGGAGAAAACCACCACCCGCCCGUCACCAGGGAGGAUCCAAGAUUCUCCUUUGAGUUCCCAGCGCUGUAAACUCAUGCUAGGGAUUUUGGGGGCUGUUUGCAUCAUUCUGACAUUAGCUGUGAUCAUUCUGACUAUCCUGGUUUUCCAGGGCUUCUCAAAUAAAACGGAGGAAAGAUCAGCCUUGAAGAGCGACGGUGUCACUCAGAGAACCGGAAGUGGUGGAGAACGCAAUGCCAGCCUGGAGGACUUAUUUUCUCGUCUGAAGCAGAGUCUGUGUGAUCCGGCCGAGAUAAACUCAGCAGGUGGCUCCGGGUGCAAACUCUGCCCCAGGGACUGGGUGCUGCACGGGGACAAGUGCUACUGGCUUUCGAGCAAGCCUGACACCUGGAGCAAGAGCCAUGACGACUGUUCAAGGAAGGGAUCUCAAAUGCUCGUGAUCCAGGAUCGGGAACAGAUGAAUUCCCUGCAGCCUGUCCUACCAGCUGACCAUGCUGUUUGGAUUGGAUUAACAUUUAACUCUACACAAGGGAAGUGGACCUGGCUGGACGGUGCCUCUUUCCACGAAGAACUGGGCCGAGGAUUACGUCAGGGUGCAGACAAUGGCUGUGGAUUGUUAAGAAGGUAUAGGAUUGGUUUUGACGUCUGCGACACUGAAUUAAAAUGGCUCUGCCAGAAAGCAGCGUUCCUGCUAUAGCUGCGGCACGACUGAUCGGGACAGGAAAAGGCCUUCAGUGUCUGAAACAUCUACAGUAUUUUCAGCUUUACUUAUAAAUGUCAUGUCAGAAGCUGGGGCCAGAGCCCUGCUGGCGUGACUCAGCCAUAGCUCCCCCGGAGACAAGGGGGCCAGACCACCAGCUGGUGGACAUUGGCGCCUUUGAAGUCAACUGUCAAUGGUUUUAUCGUCCACUAAAGAAAAGCAAAUCCACCCGCUGGGCCACAAUGGCCAGAGGUUUUCCCCACUCCAGCCCUCCAGGAAUAAAGAGGACACACCCCUCCCCCCAGGGCUGGCAAAGCCGGGGAGCUAGUGCCCCUGCAAUGGAAAUAUUGCAACCUUGCACAACGGGCGCACAGCUUGGGGGGUGGGAGGCAAGAGUGGGACCAAGGAGGCUGGAACGGGCCUGGGAGCAGGUAGGGACCAACCCUCCCAGCCUGGAGCCCCUCCCCCCCAGGCUAAGCCCCUCCCCCCAAAUGCUAAGUCUCAGAACCUCCCUUCACGAUUCCUUCCUGUCUCCCUGCCCCCAUUCCCAGGGAACCUCCACUUCCACCCCCACUUCGCUCCCCUUUAACCAGCUUCCUUUAAUAUGCUGCCCCAACUAGCCAUGUGACCAGUUAACCCUUUACAGGCUGCAGCGCCUUUUCCUUGUUGCAGACCCCGUCUGUGUGUCCUGGCUAGAUGCAAAGCACGGUCACUUCUAUGGGGAAAUAAACUUGU